AUGGAGGGAGACGUUAUGGACAAGCUGGAGGACAUGUCAUCGGUGUACGACUUCGACCCGAUCACCGGCAACAUCCCAGCUACCAAAGUAGAAAUCACCGUCUCCUGCAGAAAUCUGCUGGAUAAAGACACAUUCUCCAAGUCAGAUCCAUUAUGCGUGCUCUAUACACAAGGUGUUGAGACCAAACAGUGGAGGGAGUUUGGGAGAACGGAGGUGAUAGACAACACCCUGAACCCCGACUUUGUUCGAAAGUACAUCUUGGACUACUUUUUUGAGGAGAAGCAGAACCUUCGCUUUGACUUGUAUGACGUUGAUUCCAAAAGCCCAGACCUGUCCAAACAUCCUGCAGAACUCAACGACUUUUUAGGUCAGACGUUCUGCACUCUCGGGGAGAUUGUUGGAUCACCAGCCAGCCGACUGGAGAAACCACUGGGAGGGAUUUCAGGAAAGAAAUGUGGCAGUAUCAUCCUGUCUGCAGAGGAGCUGAGCAAUUGUCGAGACAGUGCCACUAUGCAGUUCUGUGCCAACAAGCUGGACAAGAAAGACUUCUUCGGCAAGUCAGACCCUUUCAUGGUUUUCUACAGAAGCAACGAGGAUGGAACUUUUACUAUCUGCCAUAAAACAGAGGUGGUGAAGAACACAUUAAAUCCCGUGUGGCAGCCUUUCGCUAUCCCAGUACGAGCUCUGUGCAACGGUGACUACGACAGAACUAUCAAGGUGGAGGUGUAUGAUUGGGAUAGGGACGGCAGCCAUGACUUCAUUGGGGAUUUCACAACCAGCUACCGAGAGCUAGCUCGAGGGCAGAGCCAGUUCAAUGUGUACGAAGUGAUUAAUACCAAGAAGAAACUGAAAAAAAAGAAAUAUGUCAAUUCUGGAACAGUAACCCUGCUUUCGUUCUCUGUAGAGUCAGAGUUCACAUUCUUAGAUUACAUCAAAGGAGGGACGCAGAUCAAUUUCACCGUGGCCAUUGAUUUCACUGCAUCUAAUGGGAACCCCUCCCAGUCCACUUCACUGCACUACAUGAACCCCUACCAGCUGAACGCCUAUGCCAUGGCCCUGAAGGCUGUUGGGGAGAUCAUUCAGGACUACGACAGUGACAAGAUGUUUCCUGCUUUGGGCUUUGGAGCCAAACUGCCCCCUGAUGGACGAGUGUCACAUGAGUUUCCACUGAAUGGAAACAUGGAAAAUCCUUAUUGUAAUGGUAUAGAGGGCAUCUUAGAGGCAUACCACCAGAGUCUGAAAACAGUGCAGCUGUAUGGGCCAACCAACUUUGCUCCUGUGGUGAACCAUGUUGCCAGGUAUGCAGCAGCAGUGCAGGAUGGCUCUCAGUAUUUUGUGCUCCUCAUCAUCACAGAUGGCGUCAUUUCCGACAUGGCCCAGACCAAAGAGGCCAUUGUUAAUGGUGCCAAGCUUCCUAUGUCCAUCAUCAUAGUUGGAGUGGGUCAGGCUGAAUUUGACGCUAUGGUGGAGCUGGAUGGUGAUGACAUCAGGAUCUCGUCCCGUGGGAAACUGGCAGAGAGAGACAUUGUUCAGUUCGUUCCUUUCAGAGAUUACAUGGACCGGACAGGUAACCACGUGUUAAGUAUGGCACGGCUUGCUAAAGAUGUGCUGGCAGAGAUCCCCGACCAGUUCAUCUCUUACAUGAAGAGCCGAGGGAUCAAACCCAACCCAGCGCCGCCUCCUUACACACCACCUGGACACACACACCACCACACACAGAUCUGAUCUCUCACCCUCCCUUUGCUUUUCACUGAGGACUGACAGCAUGCAGCAGCCACUCAGAGUCCAGUGGGAACUCUCUACCUCCUGUUUUGUGGGUGCUAACAGGAGAUGAUGCACCAGGAAAUGGGUGUUGAAUUCAAGUGACUUUUGGAGCAGCGUUUUAUUUAUUUUUUUGUUUAUUCUGUGAAAUAUUCAUUUGGUUUCU